UCCUGAAUUCCAAACUGGAAAGAGGAAACUCGCAGCCGAUGAGGUUGUGACGCGAGCCAGGGACCCGGGUGACUGUCCCAGCGCAAACCGUCCCCUCUCGCCCUUUAACUGCAACCGGAGCUGAGUUCCACUUGGAUUUUUUUAAGUCUGUUCGGCCAUUGCCUCGGAGCACCCGCACACGCGCACGCAUCUCUGGCCGCGUUCACACACACUCACACACACGCACGCAAACGCGUGGCGGCCGCCAGGUCGACAACUUUGUCGGGCGCUCCCAGCGGCGCUGGGCUUCCUCCUGUAGUAGUGGGGCGCAGGCCCCGCCUCCAGGCUGUGUUGUCAAACGGGCCAGGGUCUCGGAUUGGUCCAACCGCCGGGACAACACCUGCUCGACUCCUUCAUUCAAGUGACACCAGAGCUUCCAGGGAUAUUUGAGGCACCAUCCCUGCCAUUGCCAGGCACUCGCGGCUCUGCUAACGGCCUGGUCACAUGCUCUCCGGAGAGCUACGGGAGGGCGCUGGGUAACCUCUAUCCGAGCCGCGGCCGCGAGGAGGAGGGAAAAGGCGAGCGAGGAGGAAGAGUGGGAGGAGGAGGGGAAGCUGCGGAGCAGGAGGAGGAAGAGGAGGAGGAGAGAAGCACAAAGAACCCAGGUCUCCAGGCGGGAGGUUUAUACCAAGAACCAUGUGUGCCGAGCGUCUGGGUCAGUUCGUGACCCUGGCUUUGGUGUUGGCCACCUUCGACCUGGCGCGGGGGACCGACGCCACCAACCCGCCCGAAGGUCCUCAAGACAGGAGCUCCCAGCAGAAAGGCCGCCUGUCUCUGCAGAACACAGCGGAGAUCCAACACUGUUUGGUCAACGCUGGUGAUGUGGGGUGUGGUGUGUUUGAAUGUUUCGAGAACAACUCUUGUGAGAUUCGGGGCUUACAUGGGAUUUGCAUGACUUUUCUGCACAACGCUGGAAAAUUUGACGCCCAGGGCAAGUCGUUCAUCAAAGAUGCCUUGAAGUGUAAGGCCCACGCUCUGCGGCACAGGUUCGGCUGCAUAAGCCGGAAGUGCCCGGCCAUUAAGGAAAUGGUGUUCCAGUUGCAGCGGGAAUGCUACCUCAAACACGGUCUGUGCGCGGCGGCGCAGGAGAACAUCCGGGUGAUGGUGGAGAUGAUUCACUUCAAGGACUUGCUGCUGCUCGAGCCCUACGUGGACCUCGUGAACCUGCUGCUCACCUGUGGGGAGGAGGUGAGGGAGGCUGUCACCCGCAGCGUCCAGGCCCAGUGCGAGCAGAACUGGGGAGGCCUGUGCUCCAUUCUGAGCUUCUGCACCUCAGCCAUCCAGAGGCCCCCCACGGCGCCCCCCGAGCGCCAGCUCCAAGGGGACAGAGCCAGGCUCUCCAGGACCCACCGCGGGGAGGCCAGCCAGCACCUCUCGGAGCCCAGCAGCAGGGAGGCCAGCAGAGGCCCCAAGGCCGAGCGAGGCAGCAGGAGCCACCCAAAUGCCCAGGCCCGGGGCAGAGUGGGGGGCCAAGGGGCCCAGGGACCUUCUGGAAGCAGCGAGUGGGAGGACGAACAGUCUGAGUACUCUGAUAUCCGGAGGUGAAAUCAAAGACCAGCCAUGAAAUCUUUCCUCCACGCCGUCCAUUUUCUUAUCUAUGGACAUUCCAAAACAUUUGCCAUUAAAGAGGGGGGAUGUCACACGCAGGACUUGGUGGGAUUGUGGACUUCAUGACGGUGUCUGAACAGGUGAGAUGGAGACUCCUGGGGCAGCGAGGCCUCAGCAGGCCUGGUGAGCUGGGCACCUGCGUGCGCUCAAAGGAGUCCCGCGACCUCCUUGUAUCUUUGUCUUCUUUCCAUCGUGGGCCAGUGGGUGGCGGGCUGUGGUGUACCUGCUUGGGGAGCGCCCACCUGGGCUGGGCCACGCGCUGGGGCUCCACCCCGCGGCCUCUGGCGCUGUCCUGGGGAGGGCAGGGCGGGGCCACAGGGUUCCAGGGCUGGAGUGGAGAGAGGACGUCCCUGGAGGUGCAGGGACGGGUGGACAGCGGCCACGCAGCGCUCUGCCGACCCCCUCCAGCGUCCUGCGUGGGGCCUGGCGGUUCCGAGCCGCUCGGAGGCUGAGGGGCAGUGUCAUUUCCAUGUGUGAUUUCUGAGCCAUUGUUCCGCCUGGGGGACACAGUCUGAGGGCGUGGCCCCUGCGUGUCAUACUUAACCACUGCUUCCAAUCUCGAGUUCACUUUUUUAUUUAUCCAGUUACAUCUACAUAUCUGUUGUCUAAAUAAAUGGCUUUCAAACAAAGCAACUGGGUCAUUAAAACCAACUCGAAGCAGGGGGAAAAAGCAGCCCCAGUCCACCCUUUGGGGCUAAAUUUUUAAGUGCAUUUUUAAAAAGAAUCAGACAGCACUGUACCUGGCCUGGCUCACACUCACCUGGGACGGACCUCGUACCUGGAGGGAAACACAUGGGGAGGCCCUAGGACGUCUUUCCCUUGACCACAGCCAGGUCCCACCAAGCUCUGUACCCACAACCCUGCGAGGCCAAGCAGGACACCUGGCUUCUCCAUCUGGAGGAGAGAAAGGGAGAAGAGGAGGCAACUGCUGCCCAUCAGGAGGGCUAACCUUGGACAGGCACAGUGGCGCAAGCCUGUAGUCCCAGCGGCUCAGGAGGCUGAGACAGGAGGCUCGAAUGUUUGAAGCCAGCCUCAGCCACUUAGCAAGGCUGUAAGCAACCAAGUGAGACCCUGAAUAAAAAGUUCUGGGGAUGUGGCUCAGUGGUUAAGUGCCCCUGGGUUCAAUCCUGAAUACAAAGAGAGAGAGAGAGAGAGAGAGAGAGAGAGUUAACCUUUAGCAUGAGUAGAGGUGAGGCUGGACACCUCCACAGGGCAGGACUCUCCAGAUCCGGAUUGGAAACUGAGUAAUGAGGAGGGAAGUCUGGUGGACAGAAGAAGGGCAGAGAGGAGAAACGGAACUGAUGCGAGGAAGGGAAGCGGGUGUCAGGAAGGCAGGCGCGGAGGGGAUUUCUUGCAGUUUUGAGCUCAUCUCGUUGAUAGGCGUUUCUUCCCGACAGGCUGUCACGUUAAAGCUCAGCCCUCUUGCAGCCGGUACUCAGAUAGCAUCCAGCAUGGUAAGGCUUGGAGGCUUCCUGGGCCUUUCCAGAGCGGGGUGGGCAGGACUUUUCUGUAAAGGGUCAGAGAGGAAAUAGAGUAUUUCAGCUUGUCAGGCAGAGCCUUCUCUGCUGCAGCUAGUCCACUCUGCCCUGAGAGCUGGAAGCAGCCCAGAUAGAAACCAGUGUGCCUGGCCCUGUUCCAGUUGGAGUUUAACAGGCCCCCAGCUGGACUUGGCUCAGUUUGUCCAUCCCUGAGCUAGGGAGGGGGCCAAAGGGUCUGCACCCUCCCUUAUCUCUCUAUUCACUAGGUCUCCCUCGCAGCAACUGGAGGCCAGAGCUGAGCUCAACUUACCUAGGCGUCAGUGAUUUAUUCUAGGGCACACCUUUGCUCCAAACACAGCUGGCGUUACAGGCCCCAAACCUAAUCCCAAUCCCUCAAGGUCCACGCUGUACAGAAAUCAUUUGCGGGUGGGGGUGGGAUGCCAUGCUGGGAGAAGUACCCAGAAAGGCCUGGCACCGCAGAGAGCAGCGGCGUCUGUGCACGUACCCCAGCUCCGCCCUGGAUGGGAGGGAGGAGGCGCCCAGUGUCGGGCUCUGCCAUGGGAACGGGCAGAGCCGGCGGAGACUGGUCCUCGGCCCCGGCAGCAGGCGGGCGUUUCCUUCCACUGCUCAGACGCUCACGCCAUGCCCUCUGCCGCGGCGCUGGGUGGGCAGCUCCGCUGGCCAGCAUGGACGGGGUGUGCAGACGUCUUUGUGUUCGCCUACUGAUGUCCCCUUUGUUGCUUCUAUUGCAAAUAUUUGUCACUUGUAUUUGUUACCUCUGUGCAUCCUGAAGGCCUGGCGUAGCUUGCCAUGCUCAUUCGAACCCACGGACAGGUGGCUGUGGUGAAGUUUUCAUGCCACGGUUGUGGUUUGCUUCUUCUCAGAAGUUGGAGGGCUGCCCUUCCCGCACCCGUGGUGUGAGCGCAAGCGGGCAGUCGCGCUGGUCGCCGGGCUGCUUUUGCUCCAGACUGUCCCGAGGCACGCACGUGUUCAUCCGCGCGGCCUGCACACCCUCUAGAGUGUGGGCAAAGCCGUCACUGAGGGCAGCCCCUCCUCUCCCGGUGCUGCGUACAGAUUCACUCUCGAGCCUUCCUUUGAGGAAGGAUGUGGAUCUCCAAAUAAAGACGCAGUGUUUAUUUUGAGCUUCGCAUCUUAACAAGAUGAUCCCAACACCUCUCCUUUGUAUCGAUAAAUAGCCCUGGUAUUCCGAAACAGGGCGAGCCAGGAGGGUGACGUGCUGACACCAGAGCUAAAUAAACAGAUAUCACCAGCCCAGCCCCGCGGUCGCCUCCGCGCACACAGGCAGAGCUUGACCUCGGGCCGAGUGAAAGACGUCACUCACCCAGCAUGGGAAACGAUGCUGCAGGGGUCACUUCCUAAGGAACAGCAGCUGUCGGAGCCCAGCAGCGGCCCCACGUGGGCUCGCCAAGCCACAGUACCUGUUUCUGUUGUGGACUCACAGGCAGCAGGCUCUGUACCUUGUCACAUUGCAUUAUUUUCCUCCAAUAAAGGUUUCAAAUA